AUGGCCGGACGAAUACGUUUGGAGGUUUGGGAUGUGGCGCUGGGUUUCCUCCUGCUGUGCUCUGUGACGGGCUUGUUGUUGAUGGAUCAGCAGAGAAACGCAGAGGAUGAGCAGGAGCUCGACAAAGCUAUUCUGGAAAUGCUGCAUAUCAACAAAGUGUCAGCAAGCCACCAUGCUAAACCACAUCCUUACAUGAGGAAGAUCUACCAGAACCUGGACUCGCUGGAGGUGCAGGAUUUGGGGAAAUCAGACGGGACGCUGGUGCAGGGGUUUCGGAGUGUCAGCGGCCCACAGGGAUGGAUCUGGUUCAACAUCACCAGCUUGAGCCCCUUCAUGACGGGUGCAGAGCUGGUCCUGUUCAGGAAAGCCCUCCAUCCUCAGCCGCUCAGCGUGUCCGUCACUCUGCACGGCGUCAUCGCUUCACGAGGACGUCUGGACGAACGCCCCGUCCUGGAGGAGAGACAGCUGGCCCUGGACCAGCGGCCGCCGUCUGGCUACGACGUCUUCGAUGUGUCUGCCGUGCUGACUGUGAAGCCCGUGGAGGCUCUGGGCUUCCAGCUGCGCUACACGGACGAGAGCGGGAGUCUGGUGCUCCACGAAGCCCUGACACAGAGUCUGUACUGCCUGCACAGAGGCUCUCUGAGCGAACCCUUACUGGUGCUCUACCAGGCACACCCUCGCGCUCUAACAUCAGUCUAAUGUAGGCGGUGCCGCACACUUAUGGCUUUAAAGCUACUUCACACAUCACAGUCACGUAG